UGGUAAUCUGAAAAAAAAUUAACAAAAACAAAAAACCCCUUAAUUUCAAAAUAUGACAGGAAACAUAGUCAAAGGAAUAGAGAAAGAAUGACAGAAAGAGGAGGGAAAAGAAAGAGAAUCUUAGCAUAGAAGGGCGGAUAUGCAAAAAAAAAAAAUACAAAAACAUAAAAAACACGAACGAGUAUAUAUGGAUGGCUGGACGGACAAAGGAGUGAAAAGAAUUUUUUGUUUAGAGUAACGAGUUUCAACAAAACAGAGAGUCUCAGUACAAAAAAAAACACGCGUUUGUAUCUAUUAAAAAAAACAUUGAAGUUAAUUUAAAAAAUUGAUUUUUCUUUUUUUAAUGUUAAUUUUUUUUCUUUUUUUCUCAAUUAUUACAAAAAAGUAAGUGUUUUUACAAAAAUUGUUUCUCUAUUUGACAAAAGAAGAAAGUGUUACUUUCGUUAUAAAUUUUGAAAAGAGUGAAGUAGUGUUCUCUUUUCAUUUUUAUUUUUAUUUUGGAAAAUCAAAAAGGAAAACCUUGGAAAAAAAUGAAAUCAAAUCGGAAACUCUUCGAGCAUACUUAUAUGACAGUGAUAUAUAGUAAUUUUAUAAUAAAAAAAUGUGAUGAUUAUUUGAAAUAACUACAAGGAAAAUAACAAAAUUAAAAAGCAAAAAAGAGAAAAAACCUAUAUAUUCUAAUGUCAUACACCGAUACAUAAUAACAUUACAUAUUUAUAUAUGAAAUUCAAAUAAUACAAUUAUGACAUUCAAUUGUAUAAAAAGAAAGAAAAAAUAAAAAAUUAAAAAAUAUGCAAGAACAAAAUAUAUUAAAGAAUUAUUAAAAAAAUUUAAAUUAAAUCAACCGUGUCUAAUCACAUAUAAAUAAUACAGAGAGAAACAGAGAAAGAUUGAUGUAUAACAACAAAAUAAACAAAGAAAAAAAAAUCAAUUUAUGAGAUGAAAUUGAAGCAGAACUCUUGCAACAACAACAAAAGCAGCAGCAGCAAUCACAAGAAUCAGAAAAGCAACUGCAAGUGCAACAACAACCAAACUUAUCGGGUAUAAAAAAUAUAUUACAACGCUCUGCAACUUUACCAGCAAAUCCAAGACGUUUACAAGGUGGUAGAAAUCGUGUAAUUCGUAUUGCAUCGCCCUCACGUACAACCGAUCGUAAUAAUAAUAUAAGAAUGACUUCAGAAGAUCUUCUGCAACCAGGACAUGUGGUAAAAGAAAGAUGGAAGGUUGUAAGAAAAAUUGGUGGUGGAGGUUUUGGUGAAAUAUAUGAAGGACAAGAUUUAAUAACUCGUGAACAAGUUGCAUUAAAAGUUGAAUCUGCAAGGCAACCAAAACAAGUUUUAAAAAUGGAAGUAGCUGUUUUAAAAAAAUUACAGGGGAAAGAGCAUGUAUGCCGAUUUAUAGGUUGUGGAAGGAACGAUAGAUUUAAUUAUGUUGUAAUGCAAUUACAAGGUAAAAAUUUAGCUGAAUUGAGACGAGCACAGCCACGUGGAGCAUUUUCAUUAAGCACAACAUUGCGUUUAGGAUUGCAAAUUUUAAAGGCAAUAGAAUCAAUACAUUCAGUUGGAUUUUUACAUCGUGAUAUCAAACCGAGUAAUUUUUCAAUUGGUCGUUUGCCGUAUAACUGUAGAAGAGUUUAUAUGUUAGAUUUUGGUUUAGCAAGACAAUAUACCACUGGUACAGGUGAAGUAAGAUGCCCAAGAACAGCAGCUGGGUUUCGUGGUACUGUAAGAUAUGCAUCAAUAAAUGCUCACAGAAAUCGUGAAAUGGGUAGACAUGAUGACUUAUGGUCAUUAUUUUACAUGUUAGUAGAAUUUGUAAAUGGUCAAUUGCCAUGGAGAAAAAUAAAAGAUAAAGAACAAGUUGGUUUAAUGAAAGAAAAAUAUGAUCAUAGAUUAUUAUUAAAGCAUUUACCGUCAGAUUUAAAACAAUUCUUAGAACAUAUACAAUCUUUAACAUAUGCUGAUAGACCAGAUUAUUCGAUGUUGGCCUCAUUAUUUGAAAGAUGUAUGAAAAGACGUGGUGUUAAAGAAUCGGAUCCAUAUGAUUGGGAAAAAACAGAUAUAAGUAGUAAUGCGAAUUCAGUGCAGGGUAAUAAUGCUACACAGAACAAAAAUAAUGAUUAUAUGCAUGGCAAUGUUACCCAAAUGACUGUUGCUGCAUCAAACGCAAGCGGUACUGAAUAUGUCCGACGAAGAAACGAUGUUGAUAUACAAAUGGCAACAACGGAACCAGUGAAUCAUCAUAAAGACAAGGUUGAUAGUAAUUGUAAUGCCGCAACAUCAUCUAACAUCGAAGUCAUUAUUAUUCAAAAUAAAAGUACCAAUUCAAUGCAACUAUUACAGCAGUUACAACAGCAAACAUUACAAACAGCUAUUGUAAUAGGAAGCAGCGGCAUUGGCGGUGGUGGAGCAAAUAUUAAUGCUGGUAUUGGUAGUGGAAAUACUGGCAAUGGUGCAGUUAGCUCAGGAGGUGUUAUUGGUGCUGGAUCACAACAGCAAUUGCCUUCCAUUUCGAAUCUGGGGCAUAUGUCAAAUUCAACGACAGCAUUGAAACAGCAACAAACAACUUCUGGAUUACAUCAAGGGGGAAGUUCAACACCUGUUGCACCAAUUAAAGUGCAAAAAGUGCCAAGUGAAGCAAUGAUUAAUUUAUCACGUGAUCGAUUCCAUGGAAGCAAUAAUGAUCUUAUAUCUGGUAUUAAUAAAUCACAAUUUAAUAUUCGGGAUAAUUAUCAAUUGUUACAACAACAACCAGAUCAGCAUGGUGGAAGUGGUACCGUAUGUAGUGGUGGUAUUAUUACCGGUGAUAUAUUAUUAAAUAGUGGUCCAACAAAUAAUAGUUUGCCAAUUGGUGGAAAUGUUAAAAUAAAACAUUUAGAAAGUAAUAAUAUGCAUCAGCAAAGUUCUAAUAGUCCAAUUAAACAAAGACGUUCAACUUCUCAAAUUGAAUCUACAAAUGAUUUAAUUGAAGCGUAUUAUUCAAAUAAUGAAAAUGUUAUACCGUUAUUUAAUUUAAAUAACAAUAGUACAGUGAAUAUUGGUAAUAUUGUUGGUGGUAAUAAUGCAAAUGCUGGUGGUAAUAUUAAUAACUCACAACAACAACAACAACAACAGCAGCAACAACAACAUCAGACAAUUAAUACGAAUAAUAAACAAGAAAAGUCAUAUGGCAGAUUAAGAAUGUUAACUGCAUCACAACAACAACAACAGCAAUCAAGUGGUAUGCAGGAUAUGAAUGUUGCGUCUGAAACUGGUUCACCACGAGAUAAUGAUGGCCCGUUUUCUUUUGAUAUUAAUAAUAAAUCGAAUGAUUUACGUAACCAUCGUAAUCGUGCUGACUCGAAUACAAUUGGUAGUAUUGGACAAAUAAGUACCGGUGGUGGGAGUAGUGGCGGCAAUAGUGGUGUACGUAGACCCAAUUUAAGACCAAGUAGCGCAACUGGUUCAACACAACGUUUAAGCGGUUGUAAUCGUGAUCAUUCUGUAACACAAUUUGCUUUGAUUGAUGAUGAAAAUGUAUCAGCAUUACAACAAGUAACUAAAGGUGGUGGAGCAUUAACAUUAGCAUCGCAAUGGAAAAGUCAAUUUGACGAUUCAGAAGAAACAACUGAUAAUGAAUGGAAACAGGAACCUCAGAGUCCCGAUCACAGAGAUAAAAGUAAUUUAGUUUCACAAUCACAACUUAAUUUAGUCAGUAAACAGCAACCGAACAGUGGAACAAUACAACAAAAACGUGAAACGAAUCGUAAAAAGUGCAAUCUUAAUAUAGCUGGUAUAGAAAAUUUUACAAAUUUACAAGAACUACUUCCACAUUGUUGGUCUGAGCCGGCUUUAGGAAAUAUAUUACGUAGUGGUCUGGAGCCACCAUUAUUACAGCAAGCUGCUUUUGAUGAUACUAUAUACCGUAUGGAUAUUUUGAGAAAUGUUGGAAUGAGAGAACACUUAAGCAAUGGUAAAAGUGCUGGUAAUAAUAGUGUAUCGACUUCUGGUUUUCAUAAUAUUGACCCUUCUUCUGGUUUAUUUAGUAAAAAUACUAAUAAUAAUUUAAAAAAUAAUCGACAUCGAAAUAGUUUACCAAAUGUAGCCUUACAAAGUGAUGUUGAACAUGAAAAUGAAUUAAUAUUACAACAAUGUAUAAAAUUGAAUCAACAACAACAAACGCAAUCAAAUACAACUUUAUUAUAUGGAAUUCAACAGCAACAGCAUCAACAGUAUCAGCAGCAACAACAAAAAUUACGAUCACAACAACAACAGCAGCCACAACUACAACCGUUAACAUAUAGAUCAAAUUGUGAAGUAAAACUUAUUCCUUAUAAAUUAAUAAGUGAUAAAUUUGAUGCUGCAACAAAAACAAAUAUGCAACAACAGCAACAGUAUCAAAAAUUACAACAAGUUCAAAAUAAUAAUUUAAUAUCGAAAGAUGAUCAAAGUGAACAAAAUGAUGAAGGAUGUGCUGUUAGCGGUCGUUUAGAGAUACGCGUUAUUCCACAAGAAAGUCCAAAUCCUGACGAAUCGGUUUAUUUUGAUGCCUUAGCCAAUGGUGGUGGUAGCGGGAGUGUUGGUGGCGGCGGUGGUAGUAUUGUUGGUAGUUUUGGUGGCACAGGUGGUGGUGGUAGUAAUAAUGGAGGCUAUACUAGUAAUACAACAAUGGGAGCAAUAAAUAAAUUAGAAAUGAAUGUAAUAUCAUCUUCAAUAGCACCAUCAAAUAAUAUAAAAAAUAAUACUGAGUUAAGCAAUAAUAUAAAUAAAGUUGGUAUAGUUACACAAACUAUCUCAAGACAAAUUGAUUGUGGUGGUGGUAAUGAUAUUUGUUCUACUAGUGAUAAUGAUGAGGAUGAUAAUAACAAGGAUAUAAUAAUGCAGCCUACACCAUUUGGUUUAACACCUGUGCUGAGAAAAUUAGCUAAUCAAAAGUUAAUAAUAGCUGACAGUGAGGAAAACGAUAGUAAUGAUCAUAAGAAUAUUAUAAAUGUUAAUAAUGAAGAUGAUGAAGAAGAUAAUGAAAAUUAUUAUGAGCAAAAUGAGGAUGAAAAUAAUGAAAUUGAAGAAAAUGAUGAUAUUGAAAAUGAUGCUAGCAAUAUUAAAAAAGAUAAAAUGACAAAUGAAUUGUACAUAAAAAGUAUUAAAGAUGAACAACUUCAACAGCCACAACACCAAAAACAGCAACAACAGCAUUUCCAUAUACAAAAAAAUCAACAUCAGCGGCAGCAACAACUACUCCUAUCUCAGCAACAAAGUCAUAAAUCUGAUUCAAAUACAACACAAUAUCCUCCUCCUGUAUCCAAAGGAGCAUCAUUAAAUAAUAAACAACAACAGCAGCAAAAUUUUGUUAAAAUUUUAACAAAUAAUAAUAUUAAUGGUAAUAGUAGUGUUAAUAAUUGUAACCAAAUAACUGCAACAGCAUCAAAUAACAAAAUAAAAAAUAAUCGUAAUAGUGAUAUAGGUGGUGGCAAUUAUGUUAGUGGUGAUUGUAUUAAUGAAUAUCAAUUUACUGAUCCAUUAGGUGUUAUUAAUAAUACAAUAAUUGGAUCAUCAUCUGUAUUUCAACAUCAGCAACAGGAUCAAGUAUCUAGUGAAAAAACUCAAGAAACUAGUACAACAACAACUACAACAACAACAUCAUCAUCAUCAUCAAUAUGUGCUGGAAAUGUUGGUGCUGAUAGUAGUGAUUAUUGCCCUGGUUAUAAUAAUACUAAUGCUACAGGCAAUCAAAUUGCACAAAACAUGGCUUAUGGUGGUGUUGGAGCUGGAGGUGUGAGUAAAAUACCAAUAUUAAAUCCAAAUUUACGUUUAUCAAAAUGUGCAUCAUGGGCUGGUUGUGGUGAUAUACCAUUACAAAAUAAUUUAGUAACGCAUGCUAUUUUUUUAAAUAAUGGAAUACAACAACAAAACCAACUACAUUUAACACAUGAUGGUCAUAAUGCUGUUGGUAGUGAUAUUGGUGGAAAUGAAAGUAAUAAUGGAAGCGGUGGUGCAGGUUCAUCUGAAGUUGCUGAGUCAAGUUCAGCUCGAAGACGUAGGCAAAUAGACAAAUAUGUUACAGAUCCUUCACAAUUAAAUUUACGUUUUUCAAGACCAAGAUCAAGAAACACUAGCAGAACAAGGGGUCUACCACAACAUAUGUUAACUCAAUUUGAUGAUAAUUUAUCAGAUAAUAGUGUUGAUGAAAAAAUCUUUAGUCAACAACAACAACAGCAACAACAUGUUAUUUCAAAUAUUGGAAGAUCAACUAUAGUCACAAAUUAUAAUCCACAGCAACAAAAUUCAAUAUCGACAUCAAAUGCAAAUUGUAAUAACUCAACAGUGAAUACCAAUAAUACAACAACUAACAAUAUAUUAUGUAAUUGUAAUAGUAAACAAAGGCAUCAACAACAACAACAACAGCAAAAUUCCUCAACAAUAAGAUCUUCAAAUAUAACAAGAUCAAAUAAUCUUAAUAAUGAUAUAUUAAAUUUAAUAAAUGUUUUAAAUGUUAAUAAUUUGACACAAACACAGCAGUCACCACAAUCAUAUGAUGAUAAUAAAUUUACAUUAGGACGAGGAAUUAAUCCUAAUAAAAAUGAUGAAAAUAAUACUAAUUUAAAAUUAGGAAAUAAUCCCUUAGUUAAUAAUACAACGUUAUUAUUAGAUAAUAAUUAUGAAAAUAAUAAAAAUGAUGACAUUGCUUCAUCAUAUAUAAAUAAUACAAUACAAACUUAUAUAGUAUCAUCUUCUUUAUCAUCACCAAUAACACAGCAGCAAAUGCAACAGCAACAACAAGGGACUGGUGGUAUAAUUGUAUCAUCAGAAUCAUCAUUAAUAGGAACAGAAACAAUAACAACAUCAGUAACAAUACCAGCAAUAGCAACGGUAUCAUUAAGUUUAUCUGGUAUUAAUAAUACAGCAUCAAUAAUAACAUCAGCAUCAACAUCAAUAGUAUCAUCACCGUCACAAAUUCAAACUAAAUCAUCAUUCUCAUCAACAACUGCUUGUGGUGGUUGUAGUAGCAGUGGUAAUAGUGGUGUUACAUCCACACUACACGGUUUAAUAUCAAAUCAACAAACAACAGUAACAACAAAUAAUAAGAUAAGCACAAUACCAUCAACAAUAGGUACAUUUAUAUCAAUUGGAACAACCACAAUAACAACACCAACUCAAACAAAAAUUUCAUCACCAUCAACAACAAAUUUAAUUAAUAAAACUCAUGAUAUUAUAACAUCAACAAUUACAUCAUCAUCAACAAAUUUAACAACAACUUUAACUACAACUCCAACAACAACAACAAAUAUUAUUAAUGAUUAUGAUCAAAAUGCUUUAAAUUCGAAUAUAUUAGGUAAUAAUAGUAAUGAUAUUAAUAAUUAUGUUGAACAGAUACGUAAUAAUAUUACCCCACCCCCCGGUGCUCCUAAACCUGAAAAUAGUGCACGCUUACGAAGAUAUAGACAUAAUUUGGAGUAAUUAAAUAUAUAUGUAUAUAUACAUAUACAUAUUAUAUAUAUCCAUAUAUACAUAUAUAAUAAAUGAACCAUGAAAUGAUAUUCUAAUAAAACUCUAAAAAAUAAUUUAAAAUUAUGUAACAAAAAAGAAAAAAAAAUAAACAAAUUAAAUAACUAAUUUAAAUAUGGGAAAAGGAAAAAAAACAAAUCAAUUUUUUUUUUGUUACUUUUUGAAACCUGGAAAAGUUUUUGAAUAGUAAAAAACGAUAUUUUCUGUUCAAUUAAAAAAAAUCAAAUUAAAUAUUUUGGGUUAAUCUUUCUAUAGUCAAUUGUAUUUUUUAGAUAUUUAUUUGAAAUUUUAAAUUCUUUCCUAACGAUGUUUAUAACAAAUUAAAGUUGAAAAAUAAAACACGAAAAUAUGGAAGAAAUAAAGAAAAAACAAUAUUCUCUAAACAUUUUAAAAUUGUUAAAGUAUUGUAAAAUCAUCAUUUAAGAACAGUUCAGGAAAUUGGGAUAUUAGCUAAAUUGUGUAUAAACGAUUUGCAUUACAUGUACAUAUAUAUACACAUAUAAAUAAAUAUUCUAUAUAUAUAUAUUUUUCAAAUACUUUACCAUUCAAAUUCAGCCCCCAAUAUCCUUAAACAUCAGUUAUUCUAUAUUUUAAACAAUUCAACCUAUAACUGGUAAUUUCUGAAUUUGGUUAUAAUAAAAAUUAUAACCAAAUAAUUACAAUAAAUAAUUACAAUAAUUACAAAAUAUUACAACAAUUAUUUUGGUUUUAUUUGAUAUUAAAAGGAAAAUCAAAACAUAGAUUAUUUUAUUGAAUUAUUUAAAAAAAAAAUUUUGAAACAGAAACGAGUCUAAUACGAAAAAUAAAAUUUAUAGAAUGAAUUUAAAAAGAUUAGUGUUUCUUUUAUCACUUUUAAUUUUUAAUGAAAAUUUAUAUAAAAUAACUGAAAUCGAAUAAUUUUUUCACUUUUAUUAUCAAUCUUAUAUAAGUUUGCGAAUAUUCUAUUAGACGUCAUUAGACAUUCAUCGGAAGGAUAUUAUUUAAAAGUACUAAAAAUUUACCUACAGAAUUUUGAAAAACGAAAGAUACAGAAUAUUUAAUAAUACACGUAGAUUUGUAGAGUUGUAUAACCGUGGUAAUAAUGCACCACGACCACGUAUAAAUAUAUUCAGUCCUAUCAAAAACUUCCUCUCGAAGAAUCCUACGAAUUACGAAUUCAACUACGUGGUAGGCUUUUGAAUUGUCACAAAAAUAAAAAAGAAAAUGCAUAAAAAAUUAUUACAAAAUAGCGGUAUUUGUGAAUUACAACCUUAUAAUUGAACCAUUUUUAAGUUUUUAUUUUGAAGAAAGAAUUUUACUAACUCAUUAUAAAAAGAGGUUUUUUGAAAUGAAUUCAAACAUAGUGCCGGUUUUUUCCGUUUCCUAUUUCCUUAAAACUCCAUAAAAUCGGACUCCUUUAAAACCGGCUAAGUUCGUAGAGUAGUCUGCAAGGGUGCUUAACAUUUACAUUCGCUGAGUCCGUACCGCGUCUAAAGAAGAGGGACCCCAAAAAUCUCUGCCCUGAUUUCGCAGUGCCGGACGUGAACGUAGGAGGUGGGUCACCGUUUCCUCCUUAUCCUCCUUGCAACAUCAGUCUCUAUAGAGAUUCAAUAUAUAUAUAUAUAUAUAUAUCUCUGACCAUUGGUGCAGUGGUUUUGGCCCCAGCCCUUUAACCGAAGGGUCUCGAUAUUAAAAAGUAAGAAAAUAAACAUAUUAAUAAAUUUAAAUAUUUAAUAUAAAGAAAAAACUACGGCAGGCUAGUCACCUAUUUAGUAAAAACAAUGACGCAAUGAAACUAGUUCAUGAUAUCAUGCACUAGCCUUAUGCUCCUCACUUGGACUGAAAAAGAGAAAAAAUUAUAUACAUAUAAGUAAUAAAUCAAUCAAUAUGUUUGAAAUAAAUUAUUAUAAAUAUUUUAUUGAAAUUUCGAAAUUGAUAAUUACUUAAAAUCAUCUCAUAUAAAUUUUUGGUUUAACGUACAUACAUAUAUAUAUGGGAACUCCCAAAUACUACAAAACUACCAAAUAAAUAAAUAUUUUAACUUCUUCGAGAGAAUUAUACAAUUAUAUUAUUCAUUAUACAAUGAAUAUUCAAUUUUAGUUUUAAUUCGAAUUUUAUUGUAAAAAAAAAUAUUAAUUACUAUUUUAAUUGUAAUAAUUAAUUUUUUUAUGUUAAUAAACUGAAUGGAUUUUUGGCAAUUGAUAAAAAAAUAAGAAAUACUAAUAUAAUUAAAUACAUAAACAUAUUUAUUAAUAUGUUAUAAUAUUUCAUGUCCAUAAAUUGAGAAUAUUAAAUUCAAAUCAUUAUUGUAUGAUAUUGCAGUUUGAUCGAAAAUUAUAUAAAACAAAAUCGAUUUUAAUUUAUAUAGAUUUUUUGAUAGUAAUGCACAUGUAAUUUGUAUC